AUUCUCUACACAAAAACUCUCUCUAACUUUGGGCUUCUCUCGGAAUUUUGGCUAGUUUUUGAAGAAAAUGGAGGAUUAUGUCAACAAUCCCGCAAAUAUGCAUGAUUUUAGUUUAAUGAAUACGAAAGCCUUUGCGAACCUAAAAGGCUCUGGCGGUAACAUAUGGGAAGUCUUUGAAGUUUUAGAUGAUGCCCGACGUGCCACCAACAACGUACAACUUGAACGAAGGGUAUGUAGUUGUGGUAAAUGGCAAAAAAGCGGUAUACCAUGUGGUCACGCUAUAGCAUGUCUAAGAACCCGUACAUCUGAGUCCAUUCAGAGAAUGGUUGAAUACAAGUUCACUAAUUAUGUGUAUCGAGUUGCAUAUGGAUCUGAGUUGGUGAAUGGUAUACCAUCAUAUGAGCAUUGGGAAAUACCAAAUGAAACGGUGGUCCUGUUACCUCCCUCAAUGCAGUAGUUAUUCAUGUAGCACAUUUAUGUUUUAUGUAGUAUUAUGUAUUAGUUUUUUAUGUACUCCGUUUUUAUUUUACUGCUGUGUUACGUAUUAGUUAUCCAUGUACCCAGUUUAUUUUUUAUGUCGUAUUAUGUGUUAGUUAUUUAUGUACCCCGGUUUUAUUUUAUUGCUUUCUAAAUAUUGGCUAUUGAGGGAACAACAUACAUUAAAAGAAAUGGACGUUUAUUAAAUAGUAAC